ACCGAUGCCACAUCAAAAGUCGACCAGGACUUUGAUCCCUUGUCAAUCUCAAGUUUGAAUUUUGACAGGGUUUUAAUGACUAAUUGAUUGAGAAUCAGAGUUAAGGUUUUGAUUGUCUUAAGAAUUUAAAUAUGGGACCUGACUUAAAACUGACUGAGAAAUCCGAAGCCACGUCGAAAGUGGUUUCCACUAAUACGAGAAAAGGAAGUGAGGCUCAAAAUCAAGAAAAUAAGGGGAUGCAAGGAAACGGGGAUAUAGAGAUUGAUUUUGCUGAAUGCAUGAAUUCGGGCGAUUCUGUGAUGAUUGAUGUUGAAUGCCAGGAUGCUACUGAGUGUUCCAGUUCUUUUGAUGACACGGUAUCAGGGGAUGAGAAUGGUUUGUUAGUGAAUGAUGAAGUUGAAUCACCGCUGUGUGAACCAAAGUUGUCCGGAUCAUUAUUUGAUGGACGUAACGGACUGUUUCAGAUGGGGACGAGAAGGUUAACAGAUCACUGGAGGAGGUUUAUACAUCCUCUUGUGUGGCGCUGCAAAUGGUUAGAAGUUAAACUUCAUGAAUUUAAGUCUCAGGCACUCAAGUAUGAGAGAGAGCUUGCAGAAUAUGAUCAAAACAAGCAGUUUGAGUUUGAAAAGGAUACCUUUGAAGGCUUUGAUGCAACGUCGCAAGCUUUUCAUUCAAAAAUACAAAGAAAGGAAGUAAUGAAGAGGAAGAAAAGAAAAAGAGUAGAAGAUACUGCUGAAGUAGCAUCAUAUAUGUCACAUCAUAAUAUAUUCUCCUAUUAUGAAAGAAAGAAGUCUGUUGCUUCUACUGCUUCUGCUCUGGAUGAUGAUUGGGGUGAUCUAGAUAAUAAGGCAGUCAAUGGCUGUGAUGACAUUGGUUGUAAUGAUGGAUGGCCUUUUCAAUCUAGUGAUGGUGAUAACUUGACAGAACAGAUCCUUCAGAAGAUUGAAGUGCUACACUCAAGAAUUCACAUACUAAAGAAGCGAAUGGACAAGGUGGUCAAUGAAAGUCCUCAAAAGUUCUUGUCCAUCAAUAAGUUGAGUUCGGUUGUACCAUCUGGUGUAUUGAACAAUUCUGGAAAUCAUCGUUAUGCUGAGAACGGAGAUAGAAAUAGUUUGCAAUGUACUACAUCCCAGCAUGCAUCUGAGUGCGACAUGUGGGAUCAUUUUAUGCCUGAAAGUGCAGUUUCAAAUCACGGAGAGGUGGCCCCGUUUCCCGAUAUGAUCAGGAGCAUGAGUCAGCGUCUGCUUGAGAUUUCCUCUGAAAAUAUUGAGGGUGAAAUUCUAAUACCUAACCAGGCAGCCAAGGAGGAGUUGCGUGAUUUUGGAAGUGCUAUAAUUCAGCAGGCGGAGAAGCCUCACACAUCAAUGGAGAAGCUGAAAACCAUUUCCCUUAUCCAUUCUCCUGGAGACAACUCGCCUGUUAACACUACUCUUCAACCAAAUGCACAUUCACCUUUUUCCAAGUCAAAGCAAACUGAUAAUAAAAGGACCAGAGGGGAGCAAAAAUCAAGCUUAGGCAUGUGGAGCAGGAGAUCCUCAGGUUAACUACAUUAUUUCAGUUGAAUUUCGCUUCUACUCAAGUUCAGAGAUGAAAUUUCCUUGGAAAAAAGAGGCCAAUCUUUUCAGCUUUGAUGAUGAUAUGUACAUGCCAAGUGUGUAUUCUGCUUUCCUCUAGUUUUGCUUCGUGCUUUAACUUCUUACCUGUACAUGCAUACAUGUUCAGUUGAGAUAGACCCUGUGCAGUAUCUAGAUGAGUACAUUAUGUUU